AUGGUCACCAUUGUAUUUGAUCAUCCGGCGGAAGACUUUCCAGAGUUGAAGAUCGCUGGGGAGUUUACCAAUUGGGAAGGUGUACCCAUGAAAAUAAAUACCAGUAGCGGGAAAUGGGAAUACAAAUUUGAUGAAUCUUCGGUAACCAAACAUAAUGAUAAAGAUAAGGUACAUUUCAAAUUUAUAGAUCAGAACGGUAACUGGUUUGCCGAUGAUGAGUAUCCAAAGGAGGUGGACGAGCACAGCAAUGAAAACAAUGUUGCUACUUUAAAUAACGAAGAGGACGGCGGAAGCGCUGGUGAAGAAAAGGACGAGGGCGACAAAACUGCACACAAUACAAAUGAAAAUGGGUCAGAGUUGUACUAUGAGGGCCCUGAGACGCCAACUCCUUCUUUAAAAGGUAAUGUAACGUUUCCUUCCCCUAAAACAGCUAUUUCGCAAGAUGGUUCUGCUUUUGCAAAAGAGACUACCAGGAAAGAAAGAAAGUAUGAACAUGCUCCAUUGAACGAAGUUCCAGUAGAAAGAGAUCCAAAAGAAGAGAAUAAGGAGCUCUCUCCAAACUUUUCUCAGGAACAGACAGAGAAUAAACAGGACAAAGGUUUAGACAAUCUAUCUGAAGGUAAUGAUAAUGAUAACACAAGAGUUAAUGAAGAUACAGACGUCACCGACACGCAAGAAUCAGAACAUGAGAUCAACGGUUCUGAUACUGAAAAUACGGAUAUGUCCGAACAAGAAGAAAUACAGAAAAUAGAUAAACCCGCCGAUCAAAACGCUAAGUCAAUUGUAAAAGAAGGCGAUGCCAAUACUGAAGAUUAUGAAAGUGUUUUGAAAAAGCUACUGGGAGCGUUAGGACGCUUUUUUGGCUCAUGGUUUUCUUGGUUGACAACGAAAAUGUCAAGCUCAGAGGCAUCAUAA